GGAGAGAAGCCAUGUUCUGUUUUUAGAUGGUUCUGUUCCGUUUACGGUUUUAGGUUUUGUUUUAUUUGUUCGUUUUUUUCCCCCCUUCACUUGAAGAGUUCACCGAGUUUUAUAGGUCACCAUGUCUACACCUGAGUCACAGAGCACCAUCACAGGAGAAGAGGAGGAGCAAUCUACAGCAGCUACAAGCCAGGGCUAUGUGCUUCCAGAGGGCAAAAUAAUGCCAAAUACAGUCUUUGUAGGUGGAAUCGACAUCAGGAUGGAUGAAAUUGAAAUCAAAGAGUUCUUUUCAAAGUUUGGUUUGGUUAAAGAAGUCAAAAUCAUUACAGAUAGAAAUGGAGUAUCUAAAGGGUACGGUUUUGUUUCAUUUUAUGAUGAUGUGGAUGUGCAGAAAAUUGUGGACAGUCAAAUAAGUUUUCAUGGGAAAAAGUUGAAACUGGGUCCUGCAAUAAGAAAGCAGCAGAACACUUGUUCUUAUGUACAACCACGGACUGUGGUGCUUAACCCACCCGCACCUCAGUUCCACAAUGUCUGGGGCAAUCAGAAUGUAGAUCCUUAUCUUCAGCACCCUCAAGUGAUCAGUCCAGUUACUCAAUAUAUGCCGGCGUGCCCUUACCCAAAUUCAGCGCCUGUCAUGUUCCAGCAAUUCCCUAUGGGAUAUCAGCAGACUGGAUACUAUCAGGUAGCACCACCCUGGCCAGCGGGAGAUCAUCAAAGGGGCUACGUAUUUCCACCGGCACCACAUCUGCUUUACGCCAAUCCUCUGGUACAAUUCCAGGAAGAAAAGAAUUAUGAAAAACAAAAACCAGCGGCAUUUACUGUGAACUACCCUUGUAAUGAAAUCGAUCCAUCUAUAGAGAUAAUGCAGGAAUUCCCUUUGCAUGAGCAAUCCGCUUCCCCAUCCAGUCCUCAAAAGAAAUCUGUUGAUCGCAGUAUACAAACAGUCGUAUCAUGUCUCUUGAAUCCAGAAAACCGUCUGCAGCGCACAUUUAUAUCUCCAGAGAGACUUCUGCAUGAUUAACAGCCUGAUAUUUGUGUAGGCUUAAAAA